AUGAUGGAGGGGCCUGUAUCAAGGAAAAUCGCACCACGGUUAUCCAGCCGACUGGUGACUUGGAAACGUAAGCAACAGUCAUGGUUGCUGGGCCAAAAAAUAGCGACAAUAAACAAUAACUAUUUCUAUAUGCAAUACGAACUCCUAUAUUUAACUAACGAAGUCAUGAAAUGGAAAGAGAUGAUUACCUUUUUGGAAAGUCAAUUAUCUGGCAUAACACCCAAUUUCGUGGCAGAAAGGCGGCCACAUGACAAGAAAUUAUUUCAAAACCUAAUAGACGAUUAUAAUGAACAGCUGAACGAAAAUAAUUUAGUCAUUUCCAUCUUAAAAAGUAAACCUAGGAUUUCAUCAUUCCCCAUAUAUUUGUGUGAUGAAGCGUACUCGCACUUUGAACUCGCCAUCGCAGAGUUGGAUUCUCUAAUUAUUAUAUUUUUGUUUUCUUUGAUAUUUUUGUGGGUUUCGAUAGAAGCUUGA